GGGUCUUGGUAGAAUAGAUCAGGCUAGCCCAGAUCAUGGCAGCAAUUUUCUCACUUCAGACUUCAGUGUGUCUGAAUAAGAAGAGUAAGCUACCAAAUGCUAUCAGUUUCUAAUCUGCUUUCCAGGCUGAGCUAAGAAAGACAUUGAUUUUACUGUUGAACAUUGAAUGGGAAUGAAAGCCUCAUCGAUCUGGUCAUUAGAAGUACCCAGAAUCCUAAACUCAAUAUCCAGUAGGACUUCCUUCAGCUUCCUUCCAUGCCUCUGUUUACAUUUUUUUCUGUCAUCUCUAGACUUCUGCUUGUUCAUCUGUGAAUCAAGCAGGGGAAAGCUGUAAGCUUCUAGGUGUUCAUGGACGUUGCAAGUCACAUUGAGGAUGGUCUACCCAUUCUCUGUCCUCUGAUUCCCAGAUAAAUGUAUUAGGGUACAUAAUAUAUUGGGAUACAAAUAUAUCACCACAUGGACCCAGCCAUGACAAGUCACACUGAGGAUGGCCUACCUGUUCUCUGUCCUCAUGCUAGAUUUCUAAGUCCUAGCAUGAAUCCUGUCUAGGGAAGGCAUGCGGAAUACAAAUGAAGCUGGUGAAGAAUCUAUAGAUUUUCAGAAAUGGACGACUCACUGCGGGCUGGGAAGACAUCUCAAAGAAAGCCUACUCUGAGCAUGGAUGACCUUUAGUCAAGGCUGACUACAAAUUCUUCCAUCUUGCUCUUCCCUCAUUUACUUUACACCAAAUGUUUUAUAGGAUCAACCCUGACCCUGGAAUGCCAGUCACUCCCUUCUGUUCUUCCAGGGCUUCCUAGCAGCAAAUGUUCUGUCAACCUAUGCGGUAAGAGGGCAGAGUGCAACACCAACGGUUUCCACGUCAAGAGGAAGAAGAAUCUGGACCAAAUCUUCAAUUCUACCAGCUUAGAUAACUAAGUUGAUGAAGCUCUCAGGGAGUUUUCUCUGGGACUUGUCUCCUUCCUGAUUGCUUCAUCCCCAAGUUCUGACUGAGAGCUUAGAUGACUUACUCCAUCAGUUUGGGUCAACAGGGACCAGGAGCUAGGUGACACAACAACUUUCUGCUGGUCUUUAAUGAGAUGCUUAGGGAGUCUAUACCCAGUGGGACUGGAUGCUGCAGGAAAUACCUGUCUAAUUCUCCCAAACCUCCUUCCUACACUCAGGGCUAAGACAGUGAUCAUCCACUCUUCACUUUCUCAGAACCUUCCUAUAUUUCUGAGACUUUCCAAUCCUUUGAAAAAGCAACACUAUUGCUCAGCAACUCCAAAGUGAAAACAAUAGAGCUUGCCUGUCCAGGUAUUUUCAGUCGAGAUGAAAAUGUUUCUUUUACAGUAAGUCCUGCUCACUCUCACAUAGAGGAGCAGCAGCAGGAGUCACAGGCCCAUCAGUUGGAGCUUGAGGUCACUACAAUAACUGGCAGCUUUUACUUUGUUCAAGCUGAUAAGGGGUGGGAGAGAGACUGGGAAUGUUACCAGAGGUCCACAUGAUUGCAGGGAAGGCUGGUGUAUGUGAAUGCUUUUGUGUUAUAUUCAAUACAACUAUAAGGGUGAACCUGGGAAACCAGCACCACGUAAAACUGGGAUUUGUAAAUUGAGUAUGUGGAAACAAUGAGUGGAUCUCAAUUCAGAAACUUUAACGCAGGCUUAAUAGACAUGUGGUUGUAACAUCCUAACCUGAAGACUGUGUUCUGACCUCUGUCUCCAUUCUCUGUAGCUGGGCUCAGACCAUGAGAGGCAGCAACCAGUCGAGCGUCUCCGAGUUCCUCCUCCUGGGACUCUCCAGGCAGCCCCAGCAGCAGCAGCAGCUCCUCUUCCUGCUCUUCCUCAUCAUGUACCUGGCCACUGUCCUGGGAAACCUGCUCAUCAUCCUGGCCAUCAGCACAGACUCCCACCUGCACACCCCCAUGUACUUCUUCCUCAGCAACCUGUCCUUUGUGGAUGUCUGCUUCUCCUCCACCAUUGUCCCCAAGGUGCUGGCCAUUCACAUAUUUGACAGUCAGGCCAUAUCCUUCUCUGGGUGUCUCACACAGCUGUAUUUUCUCUGUGUGCUUGCUGUCAUGGACAAUUUCCUGCUGGCUGUGAUGGCCUAUGACCGGUAUGUGGCCAUAUGCCACCCCUUACACUACACAACAAAGAUGACCCAUCAGCUCUGUGCCCUCCUUGUGGUCGGGUCAUGGGUGGUAGCCAGCUUGAAUGCUCUGUUGCACACUCUGCUCAUGGCUAGACUCUCAUUCUGUGCAGACAACAUCAUCCCCCAUUUCUUCUGUGACACGCCUCCCCUCCUGAAACUCUCUUGCUCAGACACACACCUCAAUGAGCUGAUGAUUCUCUUUGUCGGAGGGCUGUUAUUGAUUUCUCCAUUUGUUUGUAUCCUCGUGUCUUAUGUCCUUAUUACUUGUGCUGUCCUGAGAGUCUUAUCCCCAAGGGGAAGAUGGAAAGCCUUCUCCACCUGCAGCUCCCACCUGGCUGUGGUCGGCCUCUUCUAUGGCACCAUCAUAUCCCUGUAUUUCAACCCCUCCUCCUCCUCCUCUCACUCAGCUGGGAGUGACAUGGCAGCUGCCAUGAUGUACACAGUGGUGACCCCCAUGCUGAACCCUUUCAUCUACAGCCUGAGGAACAAGGACAUGAAAGGAGCUUUAAGGAAAGUGCUUACCAUGAAAUUCUCAUCUACUCAGUAAGGCUAAAAAAGAUCAUAUAAAGAAGUAAUUUCCUAGAAAACCAUAUUUGUUCUACUGUGUGAAACUUAACUUUUGUUUUGUUAGGAAAGCAUCUACUAUCUUUCUUGGGAGAAUAAAAUCCGAGUUGUAGACUACAUAGGAAAAGGUAGAAAGUGGCUUGGGAUGCAGCUCAGUUGUAGUGUCUUUAUCUGGCAUGUA